UUAUAUUCUUGCCUCUCAGUUUUUAAAUUACAUGUAUACCUUAAGUGAUAUUGUUGUUUUUGUUUUUAUGUGCAGCAGAUUAAAGUGAAAAUUGUGAAAUCAAAUCAUUGAAGCUGGCGUCACUUAUUUGCAUUUUGAUCGUGUCCGCGAGUGCGUUACAAUGGAAGACGAUAAAUUAGAAAAUGUAUUGAAAGAAUUCGAAAUGAUGGAAUUAUUCGAAUUACUAAAAGAAAAAGGCAUAACGUACAAAUCGUUAAUAUAUUUAUCGAAAGACGAUAUUAAAGAUGCUAUAGUGAAUAUUGGGUUAAGAGCUGAAUUUCGAGAAAAGCUGUUUAAAUGGCGGAAAUUAGAGUUCAAUAUUGACGAUGAGACCAUAUCAAUGACCUCAAAAGUACAUUCUUGGUUAAAGAGGAGUUCAUCAACUUCAGAGUCUUCUCCAAUACAAUCACCCCAUUCUACAAACAUUGCAAGUAUUUUUAAAAAUUAA